AUGCCGAAGAAAUUAGAGCAGAGCGAAUUCAUAGCCAAUAAGAACGUCAGUCAAAAAGCAGUACUCCAGGUUUGAGCGGAAUACGACAAUCUUUGACUAAAACAGACGAACUUAUCGAAUAAUCAGCGAAGAGUGGAACUGAUUCCCACCGGAUACGCAGGAAAACAAGGCAGAAUAAAUCAAGACGAUUUGACCGUGAAAAAAAGGAAUAUGUCUGAAGGAGAGGUCGAUUACGUAUGGCAACGGUCGGCGCGAGGAGUUGCGGUCGGGAUAUACAAGACGCGGGUCGCGAGGCAAGCACUGGAGGGCGGAGUCGCAUGCGCGACCUCAGUCCGUUCUCGCGACGGCUGCGAGCAACACAAAGUUCUUCUGAAGACGUUCUACUACUUUGAAAACAUUACCAAGAGAGAGAGAGAGAGAGAGAGAAGAGAACAUUUUUUUUUCUUGUUGUUCCUUCUGAUUGAAGAGGAUCAUCGAAUACGAAAAAGAGCCUUUUUCAGUUGGCAAACUCGUUCAAUCAAAAUUUCCACAAUAGAAGUCAAGAAAGAAUUGAAAUAGUUUUUUUGAAUACAAUUUCUUUCUUAAAUUCUAGAGGUCAAGUUUAUGAGUUUUAACUUGCUUUUGACCAUUAGUUUUCAUAAUGUUGGCUGUGGAUUUUUUUCAUCUUUUCGCAUUUCACUUCUUCUAAACAUCCUCUGACUAGAUUGAACUAAGAAAAUCUAGACAGUCACAUUGAAUGAAGAGUAUGGCAAGCGCUAUAUGAUGAACAUCUUCUUCCACAGGCCGCGCGUCUCGUGCAGGUGUGAACUCCGGCGAGAGAGCACGCCGUAUGUGGAUGCGCCAGGAUGCGGCUCGGCCUUUUUUUUCCACUUUUCCGCAUUCGUAUGUGGACAGAUGCGAGCCACAGUAAAAUGA